CUGAUUCGACGGCCAUGGCCUCCACCUCGCGGGACCGCUGCUUUUGGUUGCUCUGGAGACGGGCCCUCCUCGCGCUGUGGCUGUGUGCGCUCGGGGCGCGUGGAGCGCAGGAUGACAGCGCCUUCAACGCAGAGUCAUGGCUGAGGAUGUACGGUUACCUGCCCCAGGCCAGCAGACAGAUGUCCACCAUGCGAUCAGCUCAGAUCUUGUCCAAUGCCAUCAGUGAUAUGCAGCGGUUCUACGGCCUGGAAGUCACUGGACAGAUGGACCCUCAAACCAUCAGCGCCAUGAAGAGACCCCGCUGUGGUGUGCCUGACAAGUUUGGAGGCCAGAUCAAAACCAACGUGCGGCGGAAACGCUAUGCUCUCACUGGACAUAAAUGGAACAAGAGCCAUCUCACUUACAGUAUCCAGAACUACACUCCCAAGAUUGGAGAGUAUAACUCGUACGAGGCCAUCCGGCAGGCCUUUAAAGUCUGGGAGAGGGUCACCCCAUUGACCUUUGAUGAAAUCCCCUACCAGGAGAUCAAAUAUGGACGCCGCAAGGAGCCAGACAUCAUGAUCUUCUUCGCUUCAGGUUUUCACGGAGACAGCUCGCCUUUCGAUGGAGAGGGGGGCUUCCUAGCUCACGCCUACUUCCCCGGACCUGGAAUGGGUGGAGACACACACUUUGAUUCCGAUGAACCAUGGACCAUAGGAAACCAGAACGUACAAGGUAAUGACCUCUUCCUUGUAGCAGUCCACGAACUGGGUCACGCCCUGGGUUUAGAGCACUCCAACAACCCACUGGCCAUCAUGGCUCCUUUUUACCAAUGGAUGGAGACCGAGAACUUCCAGCUGCCUGAGGAUGACCGACGAGGCAUACAACAGAUCUAUGGUCAACCAGACAGUGGUCCCACCCAGGCCCUGCCCACUGUGACACCCCGUCGCCCAGAACCUAGGCCACCUCAAACACCUCCUCGACAUCCUGACCGCCCCAGGACCACUGAAAGACCAGAUCACUAUGGACCCAAUAUCUGUGAAGGAAACUUUGAUACAGUUGCCAUGCUCCGAGGAGAGAUGUUUGUUUUUAAGGGCCGCUGGUUCUGGAGGGUGCGUAGGAACAGGGUUCUGGAUAACUACCCCAUGCCCAUCGGUCACUUCUGGAGGGGUCUGCCCGGAGACAUAGAUGCUGCCUAUGAAAGACAUGACGGCAGGUUCGUCUUCUUUAAAGGAAACAGAUUCUGGCUUUUCAGGGAGGCUAACCUGGAACCAGGCUAUCCACAGGAGCUGGUUGAUUAUGGACAAGACAUUCCCUAUGACCGAAUAGACACAGCCAUCUGGUGGGAGCCAUCGGGCUACACUUACUUCUUUCAAGGAGACUGGUACUGGCGUUUCAAUGAGCAGUCGCGCUCAGCUGACAGAGGCUACCCGAAACCAAUCAGCGUCUGGGGAUCGUCAGUGCCCUCUACUCCCAAGGGGGCCUUCCUCAGCGAUGAUGGAGCUUACACCUUCUUCUACAAGGGUUCCAAGUACUGGAAAUUUGACAACCACCGCAUGAAGAGUGAACCAGGCUACCCCAAGUCCAUACUGAGAGACUUCAUGGGCUGCAGUGUGGAUCUGGACCCAGACAGAGACACAGACACAGACACAGAUUCAGGACGCAAAUACCCAGAUGUGAACCGCCCACCGUUCGACCCGGACGCAGGACGUGACGGUGACAAGGGCAAAGACCAGGACAGACCAGAUCGCGGCGGAACGGACAAAGACAAGGGCAAAGGAUCGGACGACGACAAAGACGAAGACUACCGCGAGGGUCGCGAGGAAGACACCAAUGAGGUGGACGUGGUGCUGAAGGUGGACGACAGCGAGGAGCGGACCAUGAACAUCCUGAUGGUAACCAUCCCACUGGUCCUGGUGCUGUGCAUCCUGGGACUGAUCUACGCCAUCAUCAACACGCUGCAAAGCAAAGGGGCGCCGCGGCUGCUGGUGCACUGCAAACGCUCACUGCAGGACUGGGUCUGACCCUUGACUUUAGGGGACACUGAACUUUGAACUUAAAUUGGACCUUAGACACCCGCCUCCUCUUCUAAUCCAAACCUCUCCCCAAGUGAUCCAUCUGUCUCAAGUCUCUGUGCUCAGUGGCUUCUGCAACUCUUAGUACAUGUGGUAUUAGAUCCAUGCAAAUACUGUACUGAUAAAACACACACACAAACUAGAAGCAUAAAUUAUGUCUUACACACACACACACACACACACACACACACACACACACACACACACACACACCAUCCUAACCUCCUCUCGUCUCCCAUGGUGCUCUACAAUGCGUUGACUGUAGUCUAUUUAUAUGAGAGAAGUUUGCACAUUGUUUUUUUUCUUGUUGUUUUUGUUUUGGUUCAUUUUGUGUGACUUUUUGUUGUUAUUAUUUUUAUUUCUAAACCAGGAAGGCCGCUCUAUUCUAUCUCCCGCAUCUGAACCGCCCUCCUGCUUCCCCUAAUCUCAGUAGGGGCCUUUUCCUCACCAAUAACUUGACAUCUGCUUGCACUAUCACGGUUGCCACAAAAAAAAGACAUACAGAGGGUUAGUGGAGAUUUGUAGAUGGACCACUACACUUCAAGUGGAGUUUAGCAGUGCUCCUUCCUCCUUUCAUCAUGUUCUUCACCUUGCUCCAUCUCCUCCCUUGUCUCUGCAGUACAGUAUGUCAUGGGGUGAGGGUUGAAUUAGUUCCAGUUUAUGACAAUUUACAUCUUAUUUUUGUAGUUUUAGCCAUUGAUUUUAAUGGUAACAAAAACACAGAACGCACCAAGUUAAUUGCUGAGAUCUGGGAAUGUGGUGAUAUUGCGCAACCCGCAGGCUAUCCAAACUUAUUCACAAGAGAAUAUGAGAACAUAAAUCAGUUUACAGACCAGGUUCCACUUUGUUCCAGGUUUCACUUUGAUCUACUGCACUUACCGUAGUUGUGCACUCACAGGUGUUGGGUGACGAUUAUUGACAUUUUGGGUGUGCUCACUUUUGGUUUUACCUCCAAACAAAGUUGUUAAGAUAAUCUGUUUAACAUGGGGCUCAAUGGAUAAUUCAAUAUAUUUUUUUAGCUUUGGACAGAGCCAGGUUAGAGGGCUCUGCCUGCUCCAGCAUGAUAUCUAUUUUCUCAUCUAACUAAGCAAAAAAUUUCUUUAAAAUCCAGCUGAUUGUCUGACUGCUCAUGUUUCUUGCCCUGUAAGGCUUUGUUGUAGCCAUUUUGCCAUGUUCACAGAUAUCUGCAGGAGAGUACAACAGACAGACAUGAUGGCUAAAACUGCAAAAAUGAAACAUCAUAGUUAUCUUUGAAAUUCACACUACUUCUGCCUUGUUUUCCUUCUUUAUCUCAUGCAGUCCCACACAGUUGGACAGUAGGUCUAAGCUUUCUUUUCCUUACUUGGAGACCUUUUCAAGACCUCUUUGGCUGAAAUGGUAAACAGACUUUAAAGGGGACGUCUUCCUGUCACCUUCAUUUAUGUGACUAAUUCUCAGAGAGCCUCUUUUCUGUCAACAAUAAGACCUUUUAUUUGUGCGGAGGAGACAGACUAAUGGUUAAUUUAAAAAGUCAGCUCACUGUAAAAUAACACAGGAGAGGUAGCAUUCAUUGCAUCUGUGAGUGCAACAUAAAACGAGGGAGAAACAAAGCAAAGCCACAGCCUUUAACUUCAGAAAAGGAUGUAACACCACAGAUGCAACACAGCAGUCACGGGAUGCAACUAAUGUACCGUGCAGUUUAUAAUAGACUUUUUACAGGCUGUGUUUUUUAAAGGACAAUUUAAGAAGCCUCACUGAUGACCUGUGGUCUUUUUUGUUAUAAAGAUAGCGUAGCUGUAAGCACCAGGGUGGGCUCGGGACAUGCAGGCUCAUGUGAACAUCGACUAAUCCUCUUCAUUAAAAAACAGCAGGUGUGUGCAAAUGCUGUUAACCCCUGUGACCCCCUAAACUAAACCUUGAACUCCCAGAAUCAAAACACUCUCCACUCCUGUUUCAUCUUGCAAGAGCAGAGGUGGGAUGAAGGGGAGUGUGUGCACAGAAAAAUGUCCAGCUGAGCUACUCAUUAUCACUACUCAAGUACUAUAUCAGUGUAGCUACUUUCACUACAAAUCAUUGCCAACCAUUUUCAAAUGCUUGCAUUUGUACCUUUGUGUAUGAUUUUUUUCUUACAAUUACUGGCAGCCUUUGGUUUCCAUGUAUAUAGAGUAUGGAAAUCAAGUAGCUCACUAAUGCCUACUGAUUUGUAUACUGUAAAGAAGUUAACAGAAACCAAUGGUUGCCAUGGAAGCAUAAUUUUAAAAACAUGUUUUGUAAAAUGGUUGGUGUAAAAUGGUUACUAUGAUUUUAAAUAGGGGGCUAAAACACGCAAAACCAAUUGCACUGUCUUUUAAAAUAAUUUUCUCUUUCUUAAAGGAAGAUAACAAUAUUCAUCAAAGACAAGAUCACUUGACCCCACUUGACUUCCUUUGCUUAGGUGACAUUAUCCACAGUCUUGUGGAAUGAGCAGCCCUAAUUCAAGAUAUUAAAAGAUCAAUGGAGCAGCAAUGGAAAAAAAAGAAAUUUUUAAUAGAAAUAAGAUUCUGAGUUUGAAAACCAGGCUGGAGUGAACGAGAGAGUGACUUCAGAUGUGAUUGGGAGGAAGGAUUAUCUGAGGUAGCAUUAUGCAAGCUGCCAUUCUGACCAGAGGGGGCUCAGCAGCUCACCCAGCUCAGGUUACACAGAUGUGGACAGGAGGGUGAGGAGAGACAGAAUUUCCUGCAGCUGAGACAAGGAAAGGCAGAAGGGGCAGUGGGGGGGGGGGACCUGACCUCCUCUCCCUGUGCUUGCAAUGUUUGGAUCUCAGGAGUAAGGAGGAGGUAGGAAGAGAGAAAAAAAAGAGAAAAAGAGAGAGAGAGAGAGAGGAGAGAGAGAGAGAGAGAGAGAGAGAGAGAGAGAGAGGGGCUUUGAUGGCUCUAUCCCACUGGCAACAGCCCAUGUGACCCAAAUUCUCCUGCUAACUCAACAACAGUGCUGGCCAAAGAGGAAACUUAAGCUUACAUUAGGUGACAGACCUUUUUAAGGAAUGCUUGCUGUAAGUGCUUUGCUGGUAGUUGCAUAUGUACCCCAUUACAUGUUUAAACCAUCCCACACAUGGGAUGCUUUGGCCUUGGUAGCACUACUUUAAGGUGUGUUUUGGUCUUGUGCCAGACUCUGCACAGUCUGCACAAAACUUUGACAAAUUAUGUAUCUGUUUGAAAGCUUUAGAUCUCUUUCUUCUAUCUGUGCAGGGGAUCCUCGCUUUGCUGCAAAGCUACUGGCACAGAAUAUAUAUAUUUUUUUGUAAAAUAGCGUUAUCUUUCAAAGGAGACCACGGUUAUAGCUGUGAUCAAAAAUAAACAGCAGCCUUAUUAUUUUGGGUACGUUAUUUUCAGGCUUGUGCACAAAGAGGGGGUGUUUGGCAACAGGUUGGCCCCUGCUUUUACUCUUGUCUUCUUUGUCUUUGUUUUGUGCCAGAUUGCAGCUUGUAUGUUGACAUACCCUGCCUUUCUGUUAGGCUUCCAGCUAGGUGAAAACAGGUUGAGGUGAGACACCUAAGCAGCCAGAGUUAAAGUUAGCAGGACACUUGAACUGAAAAGAACAGAAAGGAAGCCCAUAAUCAGCCAUCACCAGAAGUCUGGAGAUUGAUCUGUGGGCCAGUCGAUAGUGGUUGCCAGGAAACGGUGUCCUGUGUCCAUCGCUCACCUCCUCAUUGCCAGGGUUGUGGGGGUUGGCGGACGCAGCUAAUCAGUGUUAAAAGCACCCCCACCCUCCUCUCCUCUCUCUUGUCCUGCUCUUCUACUGAUCCUACAGACACAUCAAUGAGUGCUUAGACAGUGGGAGCGUCUGGACAGGCUCGGAAAAUGCAGACUCAUUGACACAACGUUGCGUAUGGGCUUCUUUUUUUAUCAAGCCUCCCUUUCUCCUCUGUAACCUCCAUACAGAGAGCCCACGGGGAGUUAACCACUUCAAAGCUAAAGUAACCACUUCAAAAGUUAAAAAAAAGUAGAGAGUACCUGAGUUUGCUUUACUUGUAAACGCAGUUUUUUUGGUGAUUCAGCAGUUUGAGAGAUUCUCUGUGAGGUGACACUGGCUGGGAUUGUAUUUAGUGCAGUUGAUUGUCUCAGGACACCGAGCAGAAGAGAAAUGUUGAGAGGUUAGGAAAGAAAAUCUGUCAAGGCUGACUGAUGAAUGUUUGUGUGUGCAUGUGUUUAGUUAAUCAGCCCUACUCUCUAUAAGCGAGGACUGUAAAUUUCCCACACUGUCUUUAUCCCCACCCCUCUGCAUACUCAGCCCAGCCCUCUAAGCCCGAGGGGAUCAUAAUAACAACAAUGGCCUUCUCUCUCUCUUUCUCUCUCUCUCUCUCUCUCUCUCUCCUCCCCCCUUUUUUCUCUCUCCCUAAUACACACACAAACACAUUAUUGUCCUCCCCAGCCUCACCUUCCUCUCCUCUCCCACCCCUCCUUAGGAAACUAGUCCAGGCCAAGGUCCAGCCUCACACAGCAGCAGAGCCCUGUUUUUAGAUCCACCUCCUUGUUCAGCAACAUUUAACACUGUGGAAGGCUUCACUUACAAAACACUGUACCUGUCAGGUUUGGAGUAGGCUGAACAAAGACAUGGCAACAGGACGUCACAUUUGAAUAUAAAAUUGCAAAGGCUGAAGUUCUUUUAUGUUAAUGCCUUGUUUGUUCUGAAGUUCAAAAAGUUUAGGUGAGGUUAGGACAUCACUGAGCUUGUCUGAGCUGUCAUCUCUCUCAGGAUGUGCUUCUGUAAACACUGCAAGUUAAGCUUUCCAGAUUCAGCCCUGCAGUUCGGCUCUGAGCACAGGCUUUAAUACCUUUCUUUUUGGUCUUAUUUUAAUGAACAUCUCUGUUAAAAUCUCCACAAUCAGUCCGAAGGUAUUCUUCUAGCUGUGCCUGUGCUCUCCACUCUGCACUUUUUGUGUUUCAGCUUCCUGUGGUCCACUAGCUAGCCACAAGCUUCAAAAUGUCAUUGCAUCAUCCCUGUGCAAAGUCUGAAUUGUACCAGGAAAACCCAGAUCAAUAAAAAACAGACUGAAAUGAUCAAAGCAAAAAAAAAAAGGAGAAAAAAAAUCUAUCCAACAUGACAGUAAGACUGUGAUCUGUUUCAGUUUCACUCUGGUCAGCUUUGCGGUUUAUGAUGGCUCAACCCCAAAGGACUGUGGGUUGACCAGAUGCUUCUCUUUUCCCAGAGUGCAUCUCACCUUGCUCUUUGAGCCCAUCCACUCUGAAACCACUCCUUUUAAAUCACCACUUGGCUAACUCAUCCGCUCGCCGUGGGGAUGAAACAGAAAAGACAGCUGACAAAUGACUUUCAGCAUCGGUGUCGCAGCUUUGUCCCGGACAAGUGCAACGGAUCGUCUCACAUUGUGCUUCAGACAGGCACCAAAAGUGUUGAGCAUCAUUCACUAACUGCAGCUACAGUAGAGAGUAGAUUUUGUUGGAUUCAGUCAAUUCUGUACUGACCAUCAAUACUUGGCAUCUCACACUAGGUCCUGUUGAACUUCUCUUUUCAUUACUACCCGAGUAAUGGUUUAGUGACUUUAGUGACUCUGAAAAAACUUUACCAUUGUCCCUGACUGGGGUGAGAUGGGGAAAAAUACAAAAAAAAAAGAAAGAAAGAAAGAAAGCAGCAGUCAAUCAAAACGGAUGAGGUUAUUGUUUGUCUUUGACAAUUUGUCUUAUUUUAAGUUGAUUUUUUUCUUUCCAAACUUGAAAAAAUAAUAAUUUUUUGUUAAUAACAUUCCAAUUAGGUUUUUUUGAUUUGUUGUUAGUAUUUUAUUUUAUGUUUUUUUUUUUCCUGUAGAAAAUGUAAGAUUUUAUACAUUUGUGUUGUUGUGUGUUCACCUCUAGUUGAGUGUGUUAACAAGCCAUGCUGGACAUGUACACAUUAAAAUGCUCUGAAAAUAUUCAAAA